GAUGAUGAUAUCAGCCGUAGCCUCUAAUAUGAUGAUGUCUCUGAACAGACGCACCUUCCUGGUACACAUUUCUUAUUAAACUCCUCAUCAUGUCAUUGCAAGCUUGCAACAGUUAGCUGAAAAAUAGAAUCGCCUUUCUUGAUUUCGUUGAAUAAGAUCGUACACGUGGUUAUUUGACAAUGAAACCCAAUUAGUUGUUUUCACCUCAUUUUGUAAAAUAUUAAAUCAGAGAGAGAGAGAGAGAGACAGAAAAAGAACCAAUCUUUGCUGAAAUUUCUGCUAUAAAAGGGCAGGCAUUGUCCAAGUCUAUGCAAGACAAGUCAGCAUUGCCUGUAUUGGUUUUCUGGGUUGUUGUGUUUGAGCUUGUUUGGUGAUUGCAGAAGAGAAUAGUGGGUGUGGGAGAACCAAAGGUUUGGGCUUUCAUGGGGAGUGUAGUGAAGGAGAUGCAGGGCAAGGGUGGUUUUGGUGAGGACGUGUACGGUGAGGAUUCUGCCACGGUGGAUCAGGUUCUCACUCCCUGGACUGCUUCUGUUGCAAGUGGACAUACUUUGUUGCGUGAUCCACGCUACAACAAAGGACUUGCCUUCACUGAGCAGGAGAGAGAUGCUCAUUACAUCCGUGGCCUUCUGCCUCCAGCUGUCCUGAGCCAAGAGCUUCAGGAAAAGAAGCUGAUGCACAAUCUUCGACAGUAUGAGGUUCCAUUGCAAAGAUAUAUGGCCAUGAUGGAUCUUCAGGAGAGAAAUGAAAGGCUGUUUUAUAAGCUUUUGAUUGAUAACGUUGAGGAACUACUCCCUGUUGUGUACACCCCUACAGUUGGAGAGGCUUGCCAAAAAUAUGGCAGCAUUUUCAGGCGUCCUCAGGGUCUUUAUAUCAGUUUAAAGGACAAGGGAAAGAUCCUCGAAAUAUUAAAAAACUGGCCAGAAAGGAGAAUUCAAGUAAUUGUUGUGACUGAUGGUGAGCGCAUUUUGGGGCUUGGAGAUCUUGGCUGUCAGGGAAUGGGAAUUCCAGUCGGAAAGCUUUCUUUGUAUACAGCAUUGGGAGGAGUUCCUCCAGCAGCAUGCUUGCCUAUUACCAUUGAUGUUGGCACAAACAAUGAGAGGUUGCUGAAUGAUGAAUUUUACACUGGGCUUAAGCACAAGAGAGCAACUGGACAGGAAUAUGCAGAGCUUCUUGAGGAAUUCAUGACUGCAGUUAAGAUGAAUUAUGGGGAGAAAAUUCUUGUUCAGUUUGAAGAUUUUGCAAACCACAAUGCUUUUGAACUGCUGUCUAGAUACAGUUCAAGUCACCUUGUCUUUAAUGAUGAUAUACAGGGAACAGCAUCUGUGGUGUUAGCUGGGCUUAUAGCAUCCUUGAAAGUGAUUGGAGGAACUUUAGCUGAUCAUACUUUCUUAUUUUUGGGUGCUGGAGAGGCUGGAACUGGUAUAGCAGAGCUUAUUGCUCUUGAGAUAUCAAAAAAGACACAAGCUCCAAUUGAAGAAACCCGUAAGAAGAUUUGGCUUGUGGAUUCAAAGGGAUUGAUUGUUCAAUCUCGUGUAGAAUCACUUCAACAUUUUAAGAAGCCUUGGGCUCAUGAGCAUGAACCCAUCAGGGAACUUGUCGAUGCUGUGAAGGCAAUCAAACCUACAGUGUUGAUAGGAACAUCUGGUGUGGGAAAGCAAUUUACACAGGAUGUGGUUGAGGCCAUGGCAUCUUUCAAUGAGAAACCUCUUAUCCUUGCUCUUUCCAACCCAACAUCACAAUCUGAGUGUACAGCUGAAGAAGCCUACACAUGGACCAAGGGUCAAGCAAUCUUUGCUAGUGGAAGCCCAUUUGAACCAGUUGAAUAUGAGGGCAAACUCCUAGUGCCUGGCCAGGCCAACAAUGCUUACAUAUUUCCUGGUUUCGGUUUGGGACUGAUCAUCUCUGGUGCCAUUCGCGUACAGGAUGAAAUGCUUUUGGCAGCCUCUGAAGCUCUGGCUACCCAAGUUACCGAAGAAAAUUACGAGAAAGGAUUGAUUUACCCACCAUUUACAAACAUCAGAAAUAUAUCAGCAAACAUUGCUGCUAAGGUUGCUGCUACGGUUUAUGACCUUGGUCUGGCUUCUAAUCUACCUCGACCAAAAGAUCUUGUCAAGUAUGCAGAGAGCAAAAUGUACAGCCCACUCUACAGAAGCUACCGUUGAAAUACAGCGUGUCUGCAAUGCUGAUCAUCAUUCUUCCCAUAAAAUAACUGCUUUCAUUGGGUUACGUUUUUAGUUCAAUCCUUUCACGUUGCUUUUAGAACUUGCAAACAUGUAAUUUUUUUUUUCUCCCUUCCAAUUUUGGGCAUUCAUAUUCUCAUUUCGCCAUUGGAUCUCACCAUUGAAGUAUCAAUAUAUCAAAGCAGUUUUACAC